AUGGAACCUAAUGACCAUCCAACCUUAUUUCACGAUUUGAAAUAUGUAUUUGAAUCUAUUGGAACUGUUUUAUGGUCUUUCCAACUACUUCCUCAAGUCCACAAGAAUUGGCGUAAUGGAUCAACGAAAG